CGAAACCCCGAAACGCGAAGACGCGGGCAUCCCCACACCUCCUUCCGAACCGUCUGAUUCGAUAGUUCUCAUGAGAGAUCCUUCAGCGAACAAUAAAGACUCUGCUCAAUAAUCAUACGAGCAUCAUUCGUCAUGGCUGCGCCGGGGAACAAAUUCUUCAUCCAGGAGAAGCUAAAGCUGACGGCGCCUCACCACGAGAGCUUCAAGGUGCUGUGGGAGACGAAAUGGAAGAUCCCGUGCGAGAUGGGCAUCUACCCAUUCAUGUACGGCGCCACCGUCGACUUCCAACCCGUCGUCGAGACCAUCGUCGCCAAGGGGCUAAAGCGGCCCUACGACUGGGACGAGUACGCGCAGUGCUUCUUCCCGAAGGCGGAGGAGCUCGUGGCCCGCGCCCGAGACGCUGAGGACGAAGGUGACAAGGAGAAGGCGUCGGAGUUGUACUUGCGCGGAUCGGCCCUCUACCGCAUCGCGCGGUUCCCCGCCCCGCGCUCCGAGAAGCAGGUAUACGCGUGGGGAAAGGGCAAGGAGGCCGCGAUCAAGGGGCUCGGCCUGGAACGGUACCCCACGGCCGCCGUCGAGAUUCCGCAUGUGCACGCCGCGAACGGCGACGGGCCGACGCUGCCCGGCUUCUACCAUUUACCCGCCUCGGCGUCGAGUUCGAGCAAAGUGCCGCUGGUUAUCAUAUUCACAGGUUUAGAUGGGUACCGCACGGAGCUCGCGGUGUGGAAGAACGGCUGGGCGCAGCUGGGCUGCGCGACGCUGGUCGUGGAGAUACCCGGCACCGGCGACAACCCCGGGGCGGCCGGCGACCCGGAGAGCCCGGAUAGGGUGUGGAGUAGCUUGUUCGAGUGGGUGGCGGCGCAGGAGGAGAUCGACCAGGGCCGCGUUGUGAAUUGGGGGUUUAGCACCGGGGGUUACUACUCCAUACGCGUCGCGCAUACGCAUGCUGACAAGCUGAAGGGCGUGGUGGCGCUGGGGGGUGGCGUGCAUCAUAUGUUUGAUCCGGAGUGGUUGGACGCGGUGGAUGAUUUGGAGUAUCCUUUUGACCUAGCUCACACGCUCUGUCAUAAAUUCGGAUACGCGGAUUUCGAACAGUUCAAGAAAGAGGCGCAGGACAAGUUCUCCCUGCUGAGUACCGGUUUAUUGGAUAAGCCGUGUACGCGUCUCCUGCUCGUAAAUGGUACCGAAGACGAGAUCUUCCCGAUUGACGAUUGUUACCUGUGCCUGCUACACGGCGGGCCUAAAGAAGCUCGUUUUGUUCCGGGGACUAAACACAUGGGAGAGCCCGAAUCCUUCUCCAUUAUUCUUAAGUGGGUUUUCAAGCUGUUAGAUAUCGAGGGAGAUAUCGGGCGGUUUCUAUCAACUAUCCCGUUCAAACCGAAAUAUGAGAUAUCAAGUUAUAGGCAGCUUGAUACGCUCAACUGGUAGUAUGGCUCUUUUCGGGAUUAGCCGACAUGGAUGUUAUAUGAAAACGAAUUUACUCUUAUCAGAUAAUUCUUUGAUAGCGAAUUAUGAAAUGAGAGGAAUUGUAUGAAGGGUAAUACCGUUUCGCGAAUUGUACGUGAAUAUUGUUAUUGGGACUUAGAUUUCAUUGAAAAAUUUAAGGCCUAUCCCUUUGGUUCGCUCACCUUUUCUCGGUAUAGAAUAAAUUCUCACCGAAAGCCUCGGAUCCGGACGGGUUGGCUCACCGUAGUGAUCGACGCGGGGCGGACUUGGGGUAGUGGAUAGAAUACGAUAAGGCAAUAGCUAUCUCGUUGCAUAUAGGUAGGUA